CUCCCUAGCUUCCAGAUAUAGUCAUCCGGUGCUGGAAAUUAACGUUUGAAUAAUAUGUCCAGUUUAUUGGUGAUGUGUGCAUAAAAAGACAUUCUAAUUUUCAGUCUUGGCCCUCGAUAAUUACGGAGUAUUAAGGAUCAUGGAAGUAAUCGUUGACGAGGAAAAAGUUUCUAGUUCUCCAGUGGAGUUAGAAUCCUCAGAAAAAAAAAGUAGAGAUGAUGCCAUCGAUAUUUCAUCGAAUUGGAAUGUACUAGGAGGAAAAUCUCUCAAAAAUACAGUGACUACAGUACAUCGAAAGGAUUUUUCGGGGAGCAUGCCACUGGACGACAUUGCAGACGAAAACACGAGUAUUGAGAUUCAAUCAGAUGUUGAACACGAGCCUUGCACAAUUGUGAUAAAAAUAAAAAAUGGUCAGAAAAUAGUCAGGAUGGGAAUAUCCUCAGAGGCUGAGGUAUUGGAAAUUUUUAAAGACAGUGGUGAAUACGCUACGACAAUUUUUUCGGAAUUCAUAGAUGAGUUCGAAGGGUGCACUGUUUAUUUGGGUGGAGUUGUAUUUGAUAGACCUACGAGGGAAACCAGCAUAAAGUUCACGAGAGUAAAAAAUGAAAGGUCUUCAUUAUAUCUGUAUGGGAUUCGUCUGGUUCUGGAGGAUUCAAAGCCGCCAGACAAUUCCUCACUGGAUCAAUUAGACUACAAUCACAUAAUUAGUGAUUUUCUAACGCUAUUACAUCCUAGAAAAAAUAAAUCUGUGGAGAAAGUGUCGAAUGGUAUUCCAACGUCUAUCCCGAUGGCUCUGAAGGAGCCAGGGAUGAUUGAAUACUUUCAUAAAUUUGUGGACAAAACAAAAACAUUACCUGUCGAACAUAAUAGUUGUAACGACAACGAGGCCGAAUCGGAAGAUCGAGCUUCCAUCAAUAACAAUGACUCACCGAAUGAAUCAACAGCCGUUUACCCACCAAUUGCCAGUAUAAAUUCCACAAACAACGAAUUUUCUACUCUAACAUCAAUAAUAGACACUAAAUUUAAGGAUAUGGAAGCCAGACUGAUGCAGAGAAUCGAUCAAAUGGAGAAAAACACUAACAAAACUCUAGAAGAAAUUCUCAACAAAUUGAAAGUCAUUUAAAUACCAAAUAUUUUAAUUUGUAAACAAAACUUUAUAAUUAUUGAUUAAUGAAAAAUACGAGGUACGAAUUCUACCUGACAAGUUGAAAAAUAAUUAUAUGAUAACACGAG